UCUCUGCCGUGGGAGCAGCUAGCUGUACUCCUUAAAACUUCGCUCCCUUCGGUUGAGAUGUGUUUGCAAACUAUUUAGCGUCGGAGUUCCCGUAAAAUGUAACAACACCCGACGGCCUCACUCAAAAAACAAAAAAAAAGUAUCAGCCACACAAUGUCGCACCUGCUGAUGAGGCGACGGAUUCUGCUGAUGGUCCUGCUCUUCACAGUUCCACUGCGAAACGCACCUUUCGGCGGGGCAACAUCGACGACGACGACUGGCCGUGACCGCCAAAUUCCGCCGGAGUGGCAGCGGGACUGGGAGUUGGAUCCGGAGUGGGACUUCAACGGGUACGUGGACAGCAGAAACCCAUUCCCACCGACGACGACGACGUCACGCUCUUUCGACGGAAAUCCCCUGCCGAAAUCGAGUGGCGAGGAAAUGGACAACCGAUACGGAGACAACUAUUUCCCGCCGUAUCCGGAGCUGUUCGGUCGGCAGUGGCACCUUCAGCACCUCAAGCAACUGCAGGUGCAGCACAAGUGGCAAUCUCCGACAGGAACACAGGUCAAGGCCAAAAGGACACCCCCCAAGUGGCCACCCGAUGUGGAGGAGCAGCUGCCAGGGCUCAACUACGCCUACUUCUUGCCCUGGAAACGCAAUCAGCAGCCGGAUAAUCUACGCUAUAUGCCCUCGAUCAGUGCUGGAGCCAUGACCAAUCUGGGCGGCUUCUUCAACCAGCUGGAGGCGAACCUGCGCUUCGCGGAGCAAUCGCAGCUGGGCGAGUCGGAGACGCGAAUGCUGGAGGGCAACCAUCCGCACCCACUGCACUUGCCGCCGAUGCCGCCGGAUGCCGCGGAUGAUCCCGCCCAGCAGCAGGAGCAGGACCGGAAGACAUCGAAGCUCCUCCACGCCCUGCGCAGCUACAGGCCCUCCCAGAAGAUCCGAUCGCUGGUGUCCCGCAAUCCGCAGGGAUACCGCGGCUCCCAGUUCAUCGACCCCAGCUACAUGUGGCUGGGCCUGGGCAAAUGACAGUGAGUCCACCCACAGGUACCUAAUUAGCUGCAACGAAUGCCGCCCCGUGACAAGAUUUGAAUUAUGCCCCUCUCUGUGUGUAGAAAAUAUAUUUGAUUGCC